CCGGUGCGCGGGGCUGUUGCGCCAUCCUCCUCGACUUUCGUAACAGCACCCUGGGACAGCCGAGAGACAGCUCCAGGGCGAGUUCCUCAAAUGUUUUCCUGCCUUGCCGGGACCGUCCGCGGUUCUGAGUCAUGUGCAAGUGGGAAGUCGCACUGACACUGAGCACGGCCAGAGGGACCCGAGCCGAGAGCGGCGCAGGGCUCGGGGACUCGCCGUGCGUGAGGAGCGCGGGCCCCCCGGGGAUGGGGGCUGCCCUCCGGGCGUGAGCCCGCCCGCCGCCCCGCCCCAGCCGUCGGCUCCCGGCCCGCCCUCCUGUCUCUCUGGGAACAUGGGGCAUUAGCCGAGGAGGAAGCAUGCUGGCCGUCCGCUGCGCGCUGCUGACCGUCCUCCUCGCCGCGUCCGGGACGGCGCUGGUCUUGAAGGGCUGCCCCGCGCUGGAGGUGGCGAGCAAUGUGCUGACCAGCGUGUCAGGGGCCAAUGUCACCCUGACCUGCCCAGGUGGGGGACCAGAGGACAAUGCCACAGUUCACUGGGUGCUCAGGGAUCAGAUGACAGGCUCGCACCACGGCAGACCGGCUGGCGUGGGAAGGCGGCUGCUUUUGCAGUCCGUGCAGCUCAGCGACUCCGGAAACUAUUCAUGCUACCGGGAAGACCACCCAGCUGGGAGCGUGCGUUUGGUGGUGGAUGUUCCCCCGGAGAAGCCCCAGAUCUCCUGCAUUCAGAAGAGCCCCCUCAGUAGAGUGAAUUGUGAGUGGAGUCCUCCGAGCCCUCCAUCCCUGACCACCAAGGCCGUGUUACUGGUGAAAAAGUUUCCGAAGCAAGUCUUCCAGGAGCCGUGCCAGUAUUCCCCCGAGUCCCAGCGCUUCUCCUGCCAGUUGGCUGUCCCUGAGGGAGAUAGCUCUUUCUACGUAUUGUCCCUGUGUGUCGCCAACAGUGCCGGGAACAAGUCCAGCAACCCCUUAGGAUUUGACGGCUACAAACUCCUGCAGCCCGACCCACCCGUCAACAUCACGGUCAGCGCCGUGGACAGAAACCCCCGCUGGCUCAGUGUCACCUGGCAGGACCCCCCCUCCUGGAACUCAUAUUACUACAGGCUACAGUUUGAGCUCCGAUACCGGACCGAACGGUCAGAGACAUUCACAACACUGAUGCUGAAGGAUCCCCAGUAUCACUGCAUCAUCAAUGAUGCCUGGAGUGGCAUGAGGCAUGUGGUGCAGCUUCGGGCCCAGGAGGAAUUUGGGAAUGGCUUGUGGAGCGAGUGGAGCCCCGAGGUCACCGGCACCCCUUGGACAGAGUCCCGGAGUUCUACUACGACCAAGCUGCCCACCUCCACGCAGGCACCUACUACCACUGAAGAUAAUGAAAAUCUUUUCUCCAAAGAUUCUGCAAAAACAACCAGCCUCCCAGUGCAAGAUUCUACUUCAGUACCACUGCCCUCAUUCCUGGUGGCUGGAGGAAGCCUGGCCUUCGGGACCCUCCUCUGCAUCGGCAUCAUCCUGAGGUUCAAGAAGACCGGGAAACUGCAGUCUCUGAAAGAAGGCAAGACGAGUGCACACCCGUCGUAUUCUUUGGGCCAGCUGGUUCCUGAGAGGCCCAAGCCCACCCCAGCGCUUGUCCCCCUCAUCUCCCCACCGGUGUCCCCCAGCAGUCUUGAAUCUGACAACACAUCGAGGAACAGCCGGCCGGAUGCUAAGGGCCCUGGGAGCCCUUAUGACGUCAGCAACAGAGACUACUUCUUCCCCAGAUAAUGGGUAGGCCUAGCAGCCUGGGGCGUCAGGCCCCAGGACUGUGUGGAUGCUGAAACAUAGACUGGCUUAGCACAAGUCGCUCCUCACUGCCAUGCCAGCUUAUCUCAGGUACUCGGGGCCUCUGGCUUCACCUUUACAGAAGCGCCUCACAGAAAAUUCUAUGCUGGGUGAAAAAAAAGAUUUGCUGUGUUGGUUGAGUUUUGAAUCACCCUGACCCCAAUGCCCUGAUUACAGGGUGAGAGUGAACUCAGGCCCCCGUGAAGAGACGGGUGUCAAGACUCUACUGGCCACUCAGGUGGGCAGAGCUGGGUGACUGGGGAGGUUUGGGACUGCCCCGGGGCUUUGGUGUGGAUGAGCCGCUGGCCGUCCGCGCAUCCCCGCCCACCACCAGGAGCGGCAACCUCAGACGGCUGGGAUGGAUUUCCAGCCAGACUCCCCAAGUCGCUUGUGUCUUGACCCUCCUCUUCUAGCUCGAACUCUAGAAACCCAAGUGCCUUCGAAAUUCCGUUUUUUCUAGGCCUGAGUGUGGGGGAAGGUCUCUUGUGCUUUUCUUUCCCCCGCAGCUGAGGUGGGGGCAGACAGUAUCUCAGGGCCUGAUGGUUUGAAAUGGAAUUAUAAUUAGUUCCUCAUCAGCAUUUUCUGAAUGUGAAUGGUCGUCCUAGGCACUUGCUGAAUUCAGAAGUGAGUGCUCUGGCUCGAGUUCCCUUUUUGGAUCCCAGGACUUCAGGAGAGGAAGGAAGGGAGUGGGGCAGGGUCUCCAAGCUUAUCUGUAGUAGCAUUGCUGAGGGGGCUGGAGGCCUCUGCACACCGUCCUCCCACUUCCCCGGCUCCCCAGAAGGAGAACUGGCAUCAGGAAGGCUUCUGCCAGUUGUGAAAUCAGCAUUGCCUCGCUCCAGCUUUGUUUAUUUUGUUUUCAACUGAGCCUGAGUAACCAGGGAAGAUAAUAUUUAUGCAAAAAGACAAAAGAACCUGGCAAGAAUGGAUUUUAAUGUGGUUUUUAAAAAACUGCUGACUCUUUUAUCUUCAGAGGGUAGAGCAUCCAGUAUUAGUUGAGAGUCGGUAUAUAAAUAACAGGGGAAAGGUACAAUGACUUUGCUUAGCACAAAACUGAAUCAAGUGACAAAGGACGAGAAAGAUUUUCCCCUAUAAGAGAAGAGACUCUGUUUUCAUUCUAAAUUUUGUUUUUGCCUUAAAAAGUAAAAAAAAAAAAAAAGAGAGAGAGAGAAAAAACAACUCUGCCUCUUUUCUAAUUUAGCGGAAAAGGCAGCUUGUUACUACUCCCCCAGGCGGUCGAGAAGGAAAUGGUGUCCAGCUCCCCGGUCACAGUGCUGGGAAGCCAGCCUCCCACGAUUACUCAGCAGGUCAGCUGAAAAUCCCCACCACUGAAAGCCACGAAUCCUCCGGUAUCAGAUGAGGUUCAUUUAAAAAAAAAAAUCCUAACCUUGAUGCCUUCCUCUUUUUAGUUAGUUCCUUGAAUGUGAUUGUGUUCAGCGAGUAUUGGAGCAUCGACUGAAUGCCGAGGCGUGACGCUGCCAACCACUGCAGUGUGCUUUUCUGUCUAGGCUUUGACGAUGCAGUGAAGUUAGUGGUUACCCAGACAAGCACCCUCAAGUAUCCUGGGAAGUCCCAGAAAGAAGCUGUGAUUAAAAUCUGUCAUGCAACCCACCGCUAAAAAUGUACCAGACCACAACACUUUUCUAGUAGUCUCCUGUUUUAGAAGAACAACCACCAGCACCAGACAGGUGGGAAAAGGACAGAAAUGAUCAUGUUUUGUUUACUGUUUGCCGGGCUCAAGCUGUUAUGACGUUGGGCGACGUGGUGACGUUCAUUGCUGGCUUUGGCUGUAGCUUUCAGACUCGGUUGCUGCCUUUGGCAACUAAUCUGAAGUUGACAAAAGUGAGGCAGGUGGUUUUGUUUUGUUUUUCUCUCAAGUUUUCGUGACCGAGACCAGCAAAAAUGCUGUUAAAGGGAAAUAUAGAAAAUAAGAAUCUGCAUGAGACAGGAUGAUUCUCUGCCCACAGUUAACUCUUGACAAAGUUUUACCCACGUGUAAUAUUAGCAGAGCCAGGCAGCGGUGCUGGUGGAAGAUGUGAAAUCCAGAUAGCUCAUGAUUGCUGAGAGCUAGGCAGCUUUGAUCUCCAAAUUGUUAUUGCUUUCAUUAUUAUUUGAACGGAACUGCCUCCCCCCCCCUUUAUUUUUUUAUAAGCUAGUAUAGAUGAAGGAAAAAUAUUUGUCUUCUCUUGCUCGGUGUACAUAGGUAUACACCCUAUGCUCUCUUUGUCUUUGAAUCUAUGGUCAGUGAAUGUGUGUUUCAAUUCACAGGUCAUUCUUACCUGUGUUUCUACAGCACACGUGUGAUGCUACUCACCUAAUACCUGUAGCAAUCUGCUACACAGCCAGAAGGAAAUGUUAGCCCAGCGACAAUUUUUUAUUACAGAUGGACAGCUUAUGCUGCUGGUUGGGAAACAUUGAAAAUAUGCUAGUUCAGGGUUUCAGUUAAAGUGGUCAUUAAUUCUUGUAGCAUUAAUGUAAAAAAAUUUCUGUUUUUAAGUGUCGAGGAAGUAGCGUUGACUGUUUCUGCAAAGCCUUUGGUAGCUCUGAAAGCUCUCUGCCCUGAGGGAGCCUUGCCCUUGGUAGUUUGUUUGCCAGGCUCUGGGCUCACCCCAGUCUCUGUCAUUUGCCUGCUGUCCCCGAGGGAAGGAAACACCAUGACAAGGGGUGGGAUCUGCUGGAACGGAUUGGGAGCCCACCUGGUGGGGAGCAGACCUCGGCUCAACAGAGCUCAGUGGAGCAGACUGGGGGUGGUCAUGGUUUGUGGGUUUCCUGUAGAAUGUUCAGGAAUGUCUUGCCUGGCUGCUUUGGUCCUGGGCUAUAUCGCUUCAUCAGAGGCACUUAAGAUUGCCCCAGUUGGGGAGGAGUCUGACACCCAGCUCCAGAUUGAGUUGGUAAGAAAUCUGUCUUAAUUUGGAGAAGCAGGGGCAACUGGUGGUUCCUGGGAGCAUGAGCCUGGAUCCCAGGCUCCCAUGCAGCAGUUGGCAGCGGGGAUUUUGCCAAGCUGGCUCCACUUCUGUGCCAGACACUCCCGAGCAUCCCCGAAAGGUCCUUCUAGCAUAGCGUCCUCUGUGUAGCCUGGCUCCAGCACCAGCAAGUUUCUAUGGCAACCUUAAUGAUGAUUAAGGAACAUUGUCAGAUGUAUGAACAUAUGCUCAAAUGCAGAUCUACUUCAGAAGGAAAGGAUUGGAACAGCGUGUAGCAAGGCUGUUAAUUAAUAGAGAAACCGUAUUUGGAUGGAGAGCACACAUCUGUUAAA